UUUGGGGUUGAUUUAAUCGAGAGAUCAUUUGUUUGGUUUGGUUGUCUCGAAUUUUUCUCGCAGGAAAAGCACUGAUCCGAAUCUGUAAAACAUGGCAGCCACGGCUCUUUUCCGAUCGAUUCGCCGACGCGACGUCGUCUCUGCGCCUCUCUCUGCUUACAAAUCUCUUGCUGGCAAUGCUCAACCUUCAUUUGGUAGUUCAUACACUGGUCAUAACUAUGCAAGUUUGUGUAGAGCUUUCGGGUCGAAACCUGUUGUGAAUGACAUCCUUGGUACUGGUUUGGGCACUAACACCACAAGCAAUGCCAUUAGAGAGGAGAGAGAGCAGUUAAAAGCUACUGAAACUGCAAUCGUUGGAGCUCAAUUGACUCGAUCUUUCCGAACUCUUGAUGUGGGAUCAUCGAAACGUUUGUUCUCUACAAUCUCAGCGGAUAUAAAGGCAACACACGAGGAACCGAAACCCCAAAGCUUUCGCCCUUUAUCUCCUCACCUUCCCGUUUACCAGCCUCAGAUGAACUCCAUGUUAUCCAUCUUCAACAGAAUCUCAGGGGUUUACUUGACUGGAGUCACUUUCGCCGGCUACCUUCUCUACCUGAAAAUGGGUAUGAUUUGCCUCACCUACCCAAGUUUCUACCAAGUCCUUUACCAUACACAACAGCAACUUCCAAUCAUCACCUCGGUUACUGCGUUAGCUGCGAUUUACCAUACUGUCAAGAGUACUCACUCACUCUUGACCCAUUAAAUAAAGCUCUUUCAGUGAAGCCAGCCAAAGUCUCCAGUAAAAGUUUCCUUUUGAGAUGAACAAGAUUUAAUAAAGAGACGAGAAACAUUUGUCAAACUCUUGUCUUGAGAAGGGCAAAGAUUUAACACCUGUUUAUGGAUUUUAGGCUUUUUAAGGCUUUGUUUGUUUGCUUUUCUUUGUUCUCGGAUCUUUUUGAAGGGGGUUUAAAAUCAUGUAAUAAAUGUUUCCCAGGGUUCUGUUUCUACGUUAUACUCUUUUGCUGCAAGUUUUCAUAAAAUUUGUCAACUUCAUA